UAUGUAGUUAAUGAUAAGAUUUUCAGAUUUCCAAGUGAGCUGAGUAGGCUACAUAUUCCAGCUCAAGGUUCAAGACCAAGCAGUUGUCACAAAGAAAGCAGAAUGACGGACAAAGAGGACUUACAGUUGACAACUGUCUCAUAUGGAAAUGAACUGAAUGGAGUGGACAAUCCAGGAUUUGUAAAGGAGAAUAAAUUAGCAGAAGAGGCAGACCUGUGUGACAGUGAAAAAGAGGAGUCAGAGAAGGACUCAAAAUCAUGCCUAAGAAAAGCUUGCAUACCCAUCACGGCCACAGAGGCCUUCUUCAAGACUCACUCCAAAAUAAUCAAAUACAUUGCUUUUGUAAUACUUGCUGCAGGGUUUUUGGCAUACUUCAUUGCUGCAGUUUAUUUGAAUUUCCAGAGGGCAAUUUCUUUGGUUGUCCUCACUUGUUUGGGGGUGUUCAUCAUUGCAAGUGAACUUGUGAAUAAGUACAAGGGUGACAGCAUUAGGAAGUUCUUUAAGCCAGCUCAAAGAUGGUUUAAAUCCAAUAUGAGAUGGAUAAAAUGGGUGUUCAUAUUUAUCGUGUUAGGACUACUGGUGACAUGGUUGGCAGUAGACACACGAAAGCGCCCAGAACAACUCAUCUCCUUUGGUGGUGUCUGUCUCUUUGUUAUUGCCCUAUUUCUCUUCUCUGCACACAGGACUGCGGUGAGAUGGAGGACUGUCUUCUGGGGACUUGGUUUACAGUUUGCCACUGGCCUGUUUGUCAUUAGGACACAGCCAGGUCUCGUAGCCUUCGAAUGGCUCGGAAAGCAAGUUCAGAUAUUUUUGGACUACACAAAAGAUGGCUCUGUAUUUGUGUUUGGAAACCUCAUUGAAGACAUAUUCGCAUUUCAGGCUCUGCCUAUAGUGGUUUUCUUCAGCAGUGUAAUGUCAGUCCUGUACUACUUGGGGGUCAUGCAGUGGAUUAUCAUGAAGAUUUCCUGGGUCAUGCAGAUAACAAUGGGAACCUCCCCUACAGAGACUCUCAGUGUGGCAGGGAAUAUAUUUGUUGGUCAGACAGAGGCACCCCUCCUGAUUCGUCCUUACCUUAACGAUAUGACCAAGUCUGAGAUUCAUGCUGUCAUGACUGGAGGAUUUGCCACCAUUGCUGGAAGUGUUAUGGGGGCGUUCAUUUCAUUUGGGAUUGAUGCAUCGUCUCUGAUUUCUGCAUCUGUGAUGGCUGCCCCAUGUGCCUUAUCCAUUUCCAAACUAUCCUACCCUGAAACUGAACAGAGCAAGUUCACAUCUAAAGAUCAGAUUCAAGUUGACAGCGGUGGUGAACAGAAUGUCUUGGAAGCUGCCAGUAAUGGGGCAUCUGCAUCUAUCGGGCUUGUGGCCAACAUUGCUGCUAACUUGAUUGCUUUUCUCGCCAUUUUGGGUUUCAUAAAUGCUACACUUAGCUGGAUGGGAGGCAUGGUUGGAUACCCAGAAGUCACUUUUGAGUUGAUCUGCUCCUAUGUGUUUAUGCCGGUUGCCUUUAUGAUGGGAAUUCCAUACGAUGAGUCAUUUAUAGUGGCUGAGCUUAUUGGUACUAAACUCUUCCUUAAUGAGUUUAUAGCCUACGAGAAGCUGUCAGAGCUCAAAAGCAACAGACUUAAUGGCAUUCUAGAGAAUGGUUCUAACAAAAAUUGGAUUUCAGUUCGAUCAGAAAUCAUCUGCACCUAUGCCCUGUGUGGCUUCGCUAAUUUCAGUUCUCUUGGUAUUGUGAUUGGAGGCCUGUCCUCUAUUUGCCCAUCAAGGAAGUGUGAUAUAUCAGCUUUAGUGCUCAGAGCCUUGUUCACAGGCACAUGUGUUUCCAUGAUCAAUGCCUGUAUUGCUGGUAUCCUUUUUGUCCCUCCACUGGACUGUGUGAGUGUGUUUCAGAAUUCAGUCUUCAAUGCCACUGUCCCCAACAUUGAAACUUGCUGUUAUGACAUUUUUGAUAGUACUAUCAACAAUGGGACACUUUCUUUUGAGGAUCCUUGGAGUGAAGUGAAAAAUGCUACAAUUUAUUUUGCCAACUGUUGUGGUCUCUUCAAUGCAACUGUGUGCAUGUAGUUUGAACCAGAAGUAACAGAAUCAACUGUGCCAAAAAAAAAAAAAACACUCUCUACUUACUAUUAUGACAUUAUUUAUUAAAUUGGUACAUUAAAAAAUGUAUUUGUCCAGUGUAUACAUGUAUUAAUAUACAGUGUAUGACAUGUAUUUAUAUAUAUAUAUAUAUAACUAUGUAAUUAUAUUUGGUAAU